AUGGGAACUUUCCGUCACUAUUCCGAGUUUGCGGCCGGGAAGCAAGCCAGACGAGUUGUCAGGGGAAUUGGUGAACAAGUUCAGUUCACUUUCUUCCCGAAAAACUACAGUCUCUUCGAACCUCCUCUAAUUGACGGAGUACAUCUGCGAUUCUUCCUCAAGUUCGAUGCCGUACCACGCUUUCUAUUACCAUACAUCUUGGACAGAAAAAACACUUACGGCAACUUUUUGAUCAAGCAACAUGUGUUUCAGAAACUCGUAGUUGAGUUCUCAUCCCCAAACAUUACAAGCGAAUUCCAGGGGGAAAAUCUUCGCAACACAGUCAUCGGCACCUUUAUCGGCCGGCUAUACGAAUCAAUGGGAUGGGAUGUCACGCGCAUCAACUACCUUGGUGGUUGGGUGAAGUAUGGUUCAGAAGGGGCAUAUGAAGCAGAUCCCGUUGGCCACCUCCUGCAAGUCUAUCACAGGAUUGAAGAGGAAUUUAAGCCAGAGCAAGCUGCAAACAAACCGGCACGUGAUGAAGUAGCCAAAGAAGGAGAACGCGUCAGGAAUGCUAAUAUCGACAAUCAUACCGAAUUCUACGAACGACUCGGUAUUCGCUUUGAUAAGUACACUGGGGACACGUAUCUUCUUCGCGACCUUGCUGCAGUGCUGGAGAGGGCAAGGAAGUACUCGUUCGAUAAGAUGAUUUACGUCGUAGCUAGUGACAACAGCGUUCACUUCGGCCAACUGAUCAAGAUCUUGGAAGCCUUAGACUUCAAAGAUCUUGCCAGCAAACUACAGCAUGUCAAAUUCAGCGAAACUUCGAGGAUGGUAACGGCACUAGGCAAGGUUUACAAGCCUCAGGGUAUACUAGAUGCAUACGAGGAAGCAAUGAAGGCCUUGACUGGGUCAGACUCGAACAAGCUUGCUUUGGUGGGUGAACUCGAUAAAGCCAAAGAGGCUCUAGCAACAUCCGCACUUCUCAUUCAAGAGCUUUCCACCCGUCUGGUCACCGCCCACGCCUUCGACACCAGCACAACGGCCUCUUUCAAACUCGGAUCAGGACCAGAUCUCCAGUACUGGCUGACAAGACUCCAUCCCCUCCUCAAAAACAUCGAUUCUGCAGCCGAACCUUCGGAUGAAGACUACGAAUUAUUAGCCGAAGAAGACCACGCAAACCAUUUGCGUAUCCUAGCUCAGUACCCAAAAGUCGUGAAGGCAACGUAUAGCUCACUUGAGCCGGCAGACAUUGUCACAUAUCUCGCUAGCGUGACUGAACAACUGGCCGAGUGCCUUGCAGAAGAUGAUGAGACUGAGGAAGCCGACGGGGAGAAUGAAGGUAUCACUCCAGGACUUGCUGCGCUAUACGAAGCCACUUCAACUGUUCUGGAAAAUGGCAUGAAUUUGCUGGGCAUAGUUCCGGUAGCGGCUUCAUUCUCACCAGAGAGAGAGGAUACCCCAGUGAUAGGGUAGGAGGGACGAGGAGUUGGUUGUUUUUGACGAAUGUUUUUUUCCUUUCAUCUGUUCGUUUCUUACAGUGCGCAAAGUUGG